AUGCAAGUUUCGCGGAUUUUCGGGUUGAACGAGUUGGAAAGGAGGUCCAUUGCAGAGAGGUCGACGCAACAGAUUUCUCUGAAGGGGAUUUUAUUAAGGUCGAGGUCCUCCAAGUGUUGCAAAAAUGCAUUAUUGAGCGUGGAGACGAGCUUGGACACCUCGGUUUUUGACGACAGCUUCCAGAGCUGGGACUCUUGGAAGAUGGGCCCGAAGUCCUCGUCCUCCAUGACUGUCUUCACGAACGAAUUGAUAUCAUGCAAACUUGCUUUGGAAAUGCCCUGCCACAAGGGCUGGAGAAACUCAAAGUUGUCCAGGUUCUUGUCCGGGUCGUCCAAGUGCACGUUUUGGAACGUCAAUCUGAACAGAUCCAGGUUCUGGGUCCACACUGAUGAUUCAAGGAAAUACUCUUGCAUAAAAUUUAGCAGAUCAAAAAACGUCUUCAUCUCGUAG